AUCACGAGGGAACACAUGGAGAAUUUGACUUCCGGGUUCGCCUAUAAAUUCACGUCACGGCUGAACAGCUCUAUACUUUAUAAAACAGAAAUCAAUUUAUGACCCGAUUAAUUUAUUGUCCUAAUCUUUUAUUCGAACCCAUUAGAAUAUAUUGACCUGCCGUCGAGCCGUUAAGGAAGGAAAUCACAUGUAACUUCCUUCUAGACUUGAAGGUCGAUUUUUAAAGAGUCUUGUAUUGGAGUCACUAUGUCGAAACUGAAGAGCAUUAUAUGGCCCCAAAUCAUUCUUUUCGGCGACUCUAUUACACAAUUUUCGUUUCAAGCUAAUGGAUGGGGGUCUGAAAUUGCUCACAAACUCGCAAGAAAAUGCGACGUGGUAAACAGGGGGUUGUCAGGUUACAACACAAGGUGGGCUAAGAUUGUGCUUCCUCGCAUCGUGUCCACUUCUGAAGCCCCUAUCGCGGCUGUGACAGUCUUCUUCGGAGCCAACGACUGUGCAUUGCAAGACAAGAACCCCCAGCAGCACGUGCCUUGUCAGGAGUACUCAGAGAAUUUAAAAGACAUAGUCACACAACUGGUGUCUGCAGGAGUGUCCAAAGACAAGAUCAUCUUCAUCACACCACCACCACUUCAGGAAGCUGCCUGGGAAAAAGAGUGCUUGCUGAAAGGUUCCGCUUUGAACCGAUUGAACUCUGUGGCUGGUCAGUAUGCACAGGCUUGUGUCCAGGCUGCAGGACAGUGUGGUGUGGAUGUUCUGGAUCUCUGGACACUUAUGCAAAGAGAUGGACAGGAUUCAUCAGUGUAUCUUUUAGACGGACUGCAUCUCUCUGAAAAAGGCAACCAGUUUCUGGCAGAGCACUUAUGGAUGCAACUUGAGAGUCGAGUGACAGAUCUGCCCUUUAUUCUGCCCUACUGGGGGGAUGUGGACCCAAAAAGUCCUGAGAGCAGCCUACUCUGUGAUUAA